GCGGCUGCGCGGGAGGUUUGAAUUAGCGGCGGGUGGUGGCGCGCGUCCCUGAGGGGCUGCAGCUGGCCCGCGUACCCCCUCGCCAUGGAUAACGCGGAAAAUGUCUUCCAGAUGUUUGAGGCCCAUAUGCAGAGUUACAGGGGUGAUGACCCACUUGGUGAAUGGGAAAGUUAUAUGCAGUGGGUAGAAGAAAAUUUUCCUAAGAAUAAAGAAUACCUGACAACAUUAUUAGAACAUUUAAUGAAGGAGUUUUUAGAUAAGAAGAGAUACCACAAUGACCCAAGAUUCAUCAGUUACUGUUUAAAAUUUGCCGAGUACAACAGUGACCUCCAUCAGUUCUAUGAGUUUCUGUACAACCAUGGGAUUGGGACCCUGUCGUCUCCUCUGUAUGUCGCCUGGGCUGGGCACCUGGAAGGCCAGGGAGAGCUGCAGCAUGCCAGUGCUGUUCUUCGGAGGGGGAUUCAGAACCAGGCUGAACCUAGAGAGCUGCUGCAGCAACAGUACAGGUUAUUUCAGAAACGCGUCACUGAAACUCAUUUGCCAGCUCAAGCUAGAACCUCAGAACCGCUGCAUAAUGCUCAGGUUUUAAAUCAAACGAUAACAUCAAACUCAAAUCCAGAGAAUAACACAGGCUGUGUUUCUAAGAAUCAGGGUUCACAGCUUUCUGGAGUGACGUCUUCAACUUGUGAUAAAGAGUCAAAUAUGGAGCAGAGGGUGAUCAUGAUUUCUAAAUCAGAAUAUUCUGCACAUUCAUCUUCGGCAGCCAAAACUGACGUUAAGCAGGUUGUUAUGUAUUGCAAGGAGAAGCUUAUUCGUGGAGAAUCAGAGUUCUCCUUUGAAGAGCUGAGAGCCCAGAAAUAUAACCAACGGAGAAAGCAUGAACAAUGGGUUAAUGAAGACAGGCAUUAUAUGAAAAGGAAAGAAGCAAAUGCUUUUGAAGAACAGCUGUUAAAACAGAAAAUGGAUGAACUUCAUAAGAGAUUGCAUCAGGUGGUGGAGACGUCCCAUGGGAACAUGCCUGCUUUUCAGGAAGGGUCUGAGGUUCAUGCCGCACACGUGGGGCCGAGCAUGGGCCCCCAGGAGGAACUGAGAGGAUCGUCCCUUGCAGCCGUAGAUGAGCAGGCCUCAAGCAACAUGAGAGAGAAACCCAGAGAGGCACCACUUAUGGCAAAUGCCGUCACCACUGCUUCGGUGUCCCUAGCUGUCAGCCAGAGUGUAGCUCACCCUCCUCCUUUGACAGCCCAGCCAGUGACAGACUCUGCGUUUGCAGCAGCCGGAAAAGAUGCCAGCGUGUCUCGAGAGACUUCUCUUCUGAAAUGUGAGGGUAAAAGCGCUCAUGAAUUCAAGCCUCAGAGUGGAGUGGAGAUCAAAGAAGCAUGUGAAGCACAGAAGCUUACUAACACAAGUUCUUUUCAUACAACUCCAAACACAUCACUGGGAAUGGUCCAGGCUACGCCAUCCAAAGUACAGCCGUCACCCACUGUUCACACAAAAGAAGCAUUAGGUUUCAUCAUGGACAUGUUUCAGGCUCCCACACUUCCUGAUAUUUCUGACGAGAAAGAUAAUUGGUCAUCUCUAGAUCAAAAUGAAGAUGCAUUUGAAGCCCAGUUUCAAAAAAAUGCAAAGUCGUCUGGGGUUUGGGGAGUCAGUAAGAUUAUCUCUUCUUUGUCGUCUGCUUUUCCUGUAUUUGAAGAUGGAAACAAGGAAAAUUACGGAUUACCACAACCUAAAAAUAAACCUGCAGGAGCCAGGACCUUUGGAGAACGCUCUAUGAGCAGACUUUCUGCAAAACCAAAUGAAGCGCCUCCUCAUACUGAAGAGUUUUUGGAUGAUUCAGCCGUUUGGGGCACCCGCUGCAAUAAGACCCUGGCACCCAUUCCUAAGAGCGCAGGAGACUUUACGUCUGCUGCUCAGCUUGCAUCUACCCCGUUCCACAAACUCCCGGCGGACUCAGUGCACGCGCUAGAAGAUAAAGAAAAUAUCGUAGCAAAACAGUGCACCCGUGUGACUUUGUAUGCUUCUGAAGAAAAUACGGUGGAGCCCUCAAAACCCAGAAAGUUCAGUCCAAUUCAAGAGAAAAGCCCGGAGCAAGCAUUAUGCGUGGACGUGCCUUCAGCACCCUUACUCAGCCGGAGCCAGCCCACUGCAGGCGGUGUGCUCACCAGCGAGGCAGAGCAGAGCCUUGAGGCUUGUAAACUCACAGAUACUGAUGUCGCCAUGGAGGAGGACCCGCCAGGAGCCAGACCCUCUGGGCUCCACGCAGAACGGACGAAGAGUAGCUCGGCUGGGAAUGCGGCUGCUCCAAAUUUUGUUGUUGAAAACCCGUGGGAUGAUACAUUGAUUCAAGAGCUUUUAUCUGGGCUCUCUAAACCAGUGAGCUCUUAUCCAAAUACUUUUGAAUGGCAAUAUAAACUUCCACCCAUCAAGCCCAAGACUGAAUUCCAACUGGGUUCUUCGGUGAUCUACAUUGAUCAUCUUCUUGGAGAAGGAGCCUUUGCCCAAGUCUACGAAGCUACCCAAGAAGAUGUGAAUGAUCCCAAAAAUAAACAGAAAUUUAUUUUAAAGGUCCAGAAGCCUGCCAACCCCUGGGAAUUCUACAUUGGAAGCCAGCUGAUGGAGAGACUGAAGCCAGAUAUGCAACAUAUGUUUAUCAAAUUCUAUUCUGCCCACUUUUUCCAGAAUGGCAGUGUGCUAGUAGGAGACCUCUUCAGCUAUGGAACACUAUUAAAUGCCAUUAACCUUUAUAAAAAUACCCCUGAAAAAGUGAUGCCUCAAGCUCUAGUCAUGUCUUUUGCUAUCAGAAUGCUCCACAUGGUUGAGCAAGUCCACAACUGCGAAAUCAUUCAUGGCGACAUCAAACCAGACAAUUUCAUACUUGGGAACAGAUUUUUAGAACAGGACGGUGAAGAUGAUGAUUUAUCCGCAGGCUUGGCAAUGAUUGACCUGGGUCAGAGUAUAGAUAUGAAACUUUUUCCAAAAGGAACUACGUUUACAGCGAAGUGCGAGACAUCUGGUUUUCAGUGUGUUGAGAUGCUCAGUAAGAAACAAUGGAACUACCAGAUUGACUACUUUGGAGUCGCCGCAACGGUCUACUGCAUGCUCUUUGGCACGUACAUGAAAGUGAAAAAUGAGGGAGGAGUAUGGAAGCCGGAAGGUCUUUUUAGAAGGCUUCCUCACCUGGAUAUGUGGAAUGAAUUUUUUCACAUCAUGUUGAAUAUACCAGACUGUCAUCAGCUUCCAUCGUUGGAUUUUUUAAGGCAAAAGCUGAAGAAAAUAUUUCAGCAACACUAUUCCAACAAGAUCAGGACCCUGCGUAACAGGCUAAUCGUGCUGCUCUUAGAAUACAAGCGUUCACGAAAAUAACAGCGGUGAGCACACUCCCCAGAAGUCACUUUGUAAAUGCUAGCCUCACCUUGAACCGUAAUGCUUUCUCCAUUUAUUGUCUGUGUAAAUGUUUGUUAAAAAUAAA